AGAAAAAAAAGAAAAAGUCAGAGAAGAAGAACAAACAUGAGUUCAGACUUCCUGUCUGUGUGUUUUUUUCAUCUUCUCAUCUGACUUUACCCCUCAUGGCCAAAAGUAAAUGGACAGGUGAACGUGUGUUUGUGAGUCUGACAGCAGACGACAGACGUGUGGAGUUAAUUCCAUCAUCAUCAUCAUCGUCAGAGGGGAAACAUGAAGGUGAGGAGGCUCCUGCUGUGUCAGGUCUGAAAAGUGGCUUCCAGCAGUCUGAUCCACAUGACAUGUUUUUCUGGUUUCUGAUGUUGACUCUCAGUGUUUGUUCUGUAAAACAAACAGCAAAGAACCAAACUGCUGCACAAAGUUCUCCUGCAGAGCUGAGGGAAACCUUCUCUUCAUUCUUCUUCUAAUCCUGCUUCCUGUGGCAGCAGCGAGCUUCAGGCCACUCAUAAAGUCUGACUCCUCCUUCGCUCCAAAGGUCCUCCUGCCUGCCAGGAGGUCAGAAGGCUCACAGACGAGGGAUGGGAGCACAGGACAAGAAGGACGAGGAGGACGUGGCUCCUUCAGCGAGGAAGAAGCAGCAAAAAACCUCCAAAGAGGUUCACUUCUCCGUCCUGCCGGACAGAUACGAACCUCUGAUCGAGGAGGAGGAGGAGGAGGAGGAGGAGGAGACAGCAGAGGAGAGGAGGCAGAGGAAGGAGGAGAAGAAGAGGAGGAAGAAGAAGAAGUACAAGAAGUACAGGAAGAACGUGGGGAAGGCGCUGCGGUUCAGCUGGCGCUGUCUGAUGGCAGGACUGCAGCAGAUGGCCUCCGUCUACUCCACCCCCACCACGGUGGCAUCUGCUGUGGUGACGGAGGCUCACCGGGCCGCCGGCAGCAGAGCAUGACGGGACAGGGACGGAUUGUGUCUCAUCUUGUUCGGCCCAGGUGCCCAGCAGUUCAGCCCCGAUGUGGAGGACAAGCAGGAGCACGAGGACACUCCGAGUCUGUUAUUAGUCACAUGAAUGUUUUACUUCCAUCAUCACUGAACGAAUAUUUAGCGUGUAAAACUUCUCACUGCAGUUUGAAGAGAUGUCUUCCACUUCCUCCUUCUGUCCAACCAGCCGUCCAAACACAAAGGCCCCUCAGUUCCUGUCAGAAGACACAAGCUGGAAGCAGCCAAAGACUGUCCAUUGUCCACUAGCACGAGCUGACUGUGUGGACGGACAGAUGGACAGAUGGACGGACGGAGCGUCUGCUGGUCUAAUGCGUUCAGUUUGACUCGACUGGCUGUGAACUGACAUUCACCUUCUUUCUUUUUAAAGCUCUUUGAAAUGAACAGUCGGUAGUUUUUGUCUCAUUAACGUUCACUGAAAUGUGUUGUUUUGUGUGACCUCUGACCACGUGUUGUCAUGGAGGACAUCAGUGUGUGUGUGUGUGUGUGUGUGUGAAAUGCAGAUUUUGUAUGUUUUUAUAGGAGAACUUUGAACCCUUCAGAAUAAUGCUGGCAUGUCUUCAAUAUGAAAAUGUAAAAUGUGAACACGUAGUGGAUUUUAUCAAAUAAAUGUUAAACUGUGACCUGAUGGCGUUCAUCUUAAAAUGUUGACUUGAAUUUCCCUCGGGAUCAAUAAAGUAUCUAUCUAUCUAUC